UAAAACAAAAUGAAGAUUUUUUCUGAAUCUCAUAAAACAGUAUUUGUUGUAGAUCACUGCCCUUAUAUGGCAGAAUCAUGCAGACAGCAUGUUGAGUUUGAUAUGCUGGUGAAGAAUAGGACCCAAGGAAUCAUCCCUUUGGCCCCCAUAUCUAAAUCAUUGUGGACUUGCUCAGUAGAAUCUUCCAUGGAAUAUUGUAGAAUAAUGUAUGAUAUAUUUCCUUUCAAAAAGCUGGUGAAUUUCAUUGUGAGUGACUCUGGAGCACAUGUUUUAAAUUCUUGGACUCAAGAAGACCAAAAUUUGCAGGAGCUAAUGGCAGCAUUAGCUGCUGUUGGGCCUCCUAAUCCACGAGCAGACCCAGAAUGCUGCAGCAUUCUGCAUGGUCUGGUUGCAGCAGUGGAAACCCUGUGUAAAAUUACAGAAUACCAACAUGAGGCUCGUACUCUACUAAUGGAAAAUGCAGAACGUGUUGGAAAUAGAGGACGAAUAAUUUGCAUUACUAAUGCAAAAAGUGAUAGUCAUGUGCGAAUGCUUGAAGACUGUGUCCAGGAAACAAUUCAUGAGCAUAACAAGCUUGCUGCAAAUUCAGAUCAUCUCAUGCAGAUUCAGAAGUGUGAACUGGUCUUGAUCCAUACUUAUGCAGUUGGUGAAGACAGCCUUGUAUCUGAUCGUCCUAAAAAAGAGUUAUCUCCUGUUUUAACCAGUGAAGUUCAUAGUGUUCGUGCUGGACGGCACCUUGCUACCAAAUUAAAUAUUUUAGUACAGCAACAUUUUGACUUGGCUUCAACUACUAUUACAAAUAUUCCAAUGAAGGAAGAACAACAUGCUAACACAUCUGCCAAUUAUGAUGUGGAGCUACUUCAUCACAAAGAUGCACAUGUGGAUUUCCUGAAAAGUGGUGAUACCCACAUAGGUGGCAGCAGUAGAGAAGGUUCAUUUAAGGAAACAAUAACAUUAAAGUGGUGCACUCCCAGGACAAAUAACAUUGAAUUACACUAUUGUACUGGCGCUUACCGCAUUUCACCUGUAGACGUAAAUAGUAGACCUUCUUCCUGCCUUACUAAUUUUCUUCUAAAUGGUCGUUCUGUUUUAUUGGAACAGCCACGAAAGUCAGGUUCCAAAGUCAUUAGUCAUAUGCUUAGUAGCCACGGAGGAGAGAUUUUUUUGCAUGUCCUUAGCAGUUCUCGAUCCAUUCUAGAAGAUCCACCUUCAAUUAGUGAAGGAUGUGGAGGCAGAGUUACAGACUACCGGAUCACAGAUUUUGGUGAAUUUAUGAGGGAAAACAGAUUAACUCCUUUUCUAGACCCCAGAUAUAAAAUCGAUGGAAGUCUUGAGAUCCCUUUGGAACGAGCAAAAGAUCAGUUAGAAAAACACACCCGUUACUGGCCUAUGAUCAUUUCACAAACCACCAUUUUUAACAUGCAAGCGGUAGUUCCAUUAGCCAGUGUUAUUGUAAAAGAAUCUUUGACAGAAGAAGAUGUGUUGAACUGUCAAAAAACAAUAUACAACUUAGUUGAUAUGGAAAGGAAAAAUGAUCCUCUACCUAUUUCCACAGUUGGUACAAGAGGAAAAGGCCCUAAAAGAGAUGAACAAUACCGUAUCAUGUGGAAUGAAUUAGAAACUCUUGUCAGAGCUCAUAUCAACAACUCGGAGAAACAUCAGAGAGUCUUGGAAUGUCUGAUGGCAUGUAGGAGCAAACCCCCAGAAGAAGAAGAACGAAAGAAACGAGGAAGAAAGAGGGAGGACAAAGAGGACAAAUCAGAGAAAGCAGUGAAAGAUUAUGAACAGGAAAAAUCUUGGCAAGAUUCAGAGAGAUUAAAAGGAAUCCUGGAACGUGGAAAAGAAGAAUUGGCUGAAGCUGAAAUUAUAAAAGAUUCGCCUGAUUCCCCAGAACCUCCAAACAAAAAGCCCCUUGUCGACAUGGAUGAAACUCCACCAGUAGAAAAAUCAAAAGGGCCAGUGUCUUUAUUAUCCCUAUGGAGUAAUAGAAUCAAUACUGCCAAUUCCAGAAAACAUCAGGAGUUUGCUGGACGUUUGAACUCUGUUAAUAACAGAGCUGAAUUAUAUCAACAUCUUAAAGAGGAAAAUGGAAUGGAGACAGCAGAAAAUGGCAAAGCCAGCCGGCAGUGAAGAAUGACUUGAAGAACUAAAAUUUACUAUAUU